UUGCGGCUUUUAUUUAGAGCUAAUAAUUUCACCGCCACACAUUGAUGACUGAUGAUUCACAUCAAUUGCCCACCAAAAUCCAGAAACCCCCAAAGCCUCAAUCCCAUAAAUAGCCUUCAAAAUCCAUCCUUCCCUCAAUCUCGAAUGCCUUCAUUUCUCUCCAAAUCCUUCCUCCGCUUGCCCCCUAAAUCCCUUCUUUUUACCAUGUCCACUGUCGCAGCAGCCAAAUCCCGCCUCCGCGGCGUCGUUUUCGAUAUGGAUGGCACCCUCACCGUCCCUGUCAUCGACUUCGCCGCAAUGUAUAAGGCUGUCCUCGGAGACGUCGAGUACAAGCGAAUCAAAGCUGAAAACCCCUCUGGGAUUGAUAUCUUGCACCACAUUGAGAGUUGGACUGCCGAAAAGCAGCAAGAAGCUUACAAGAUUAUUGCUGAUUUCGAAAAACAGGGCCUUGAUCGCCUCCAAAUCAUGCCUGGUGCAGCUGAACUCUGUGGUUUUCUUGAUGCAAAGAAAAUACGAAGGGGACUAAUCACUCGCAAUGUCAAAGAUGCAGUUGAUCUGUUUCAUCAACGAUUCGGAAUGAUGUUUUCUCCGGCACUCAGCCGAGAGUUUCGUCCUUAUAAACCGAACCCUGCUCCUCUGCUGCAUAUAUGUUCGACUUGGGACGUUCAACCAAAUGAAGUGAUGAUGGUUGGUGAUAGUCUUAAAGAUGAUGUGGCUUGUGGGAAAAAUGCAGGAGCAUUAACAUGUUUGCUUGAUGAAAAUGGGAGAUAUGGCUCUCAAGACUUCGCCAACUUGGAUCUAACACCAGAUUUCAAAGUGUCUUCCCUGAUUGAAGUUCAUUCUCUUCUGAAAUCCAAUUUUGACUUAACACCCUGAUUUCCCGGUAAAGGUCCUACACUAGAUUUAUCUGGUGGCCUUUUUUACCUUAAGAAAGGAAGAUUUUAACAGUUGAGGAACACUUGAAAAGUGGAAAACAGUAGUGGUAAUUAAGGAAGUGAACUUUGGUAUAAGAUGCUGCUUUGUUCAUCUGUAGGCGGCAAAAAGAGAGCUCUUUUGUAGCUGGAUAACCAAAGGGUUCUGUGUGUUGUUGAACACGAAGCAUGUUGGUAUGUAUUUUAUUUUUGGUACCUUUGUUGUUCAUGUAGAUGUUCUAUUGUAAAGGAAUAUUAGGCAGAAAGUCCCUCUUUGUUAAUCUUUUUUUCAUUGGUGAAUUCAAUUAUGUUAAAGAAGGAAUAUCUUUGUGAAA